GUGCCACGGUGUCCAACAGAGGCGAACGUUACAGUAGUUUGUGUGGUUAUAGUGGUUGUGAGAUAUCAAGCCAGAGUCCACUGUGCAUUUUACUGUUUGCAUUUAUUUUCCUUCAGGGGUUAUUAUAUGAAAACUCCAAUCUGGAUCGCAGCGGUAACAACAGGAAGAAGAUAGAGGAAUUCUCUAGGUCUUCUCGUGACAAACUGCUCCAGUCGAAGAACAAAAUGUUCUCCAAAUUUACAUCGAUUCUACAGCACGCAGUCGAGGCGCUUGCGCCUUCACUGCCCUUGCAGGAGGACUUUGUGUAUCACUGGAAAGCCAUCACACAUUAUUACAUAGAGACAUCAGAUGACAAAGCCCCCGUGACAGACACCAACAUCCCGUCCCAUCUGGAGCAGAUGCUGGACAUCCUGACGCAGGAGGAGUCAGAAAGAGAGUCUGGCGAGACUGGGCCCUGCAUGGAGUACCUGCUGCACCACAAGAUCCUAGAGACCCUCUUCACCCUGGGCAAGGCCGAUUGUCCUCCGGGAAUGAAGCAGCAGGUCCUGAGUUUCUACACCAAGCUGCUAGGACGCAUUCACCAGCCUCUUCUGCCCCACAUCAAUGUCCAUAGACCUGUACAGAAACUCAUCCGUCUGUGUGGAGAGAUCCUGGCUGCUCCCACGGAGAACGAGGAGAUCCAGUUCCUCUGCAUUGUCUGUGCCAAACUAAAGCAGGACCCCUACCUCGUUAACUUCUUCCUGGAGAAUAAAGUGAAGAGACCUGACCCAAAGAGUCCCGGUGCAGAGGGGGUUAGAGAGGACUUGGCUUCACCAGACACAGGUCAGCCCCAGGCAGAGGGACAGGCAGCUGAACCACCUGAGGAGCCCAAGGCUGCUGCUGCCCAGUCCAACAACUACAACAUAGUCACGUCUCUCCUCAACCUCACCAAGAGUCCGGAUGGCAGGAUAGUGGUGAAGGCGUGCGAGGGCCUCAUGCUGCUGGUCAGUCUGCCCGAGCCGGCCGCUGCCAAGUGUCUGACGGAGAACACUGAGCUCUGUGAGCUCCUGACUGACAGACUGUCAGCCUUCUACAAGGCUCUCCCCACGUCCAUGGAUCCCCUGGACAUUGAGACAGUGGAGUCAGUCAACUGGGGACUGGAUGUGUAUAACAUGAAGGAUGAUGCUGCCAUCUUCACUGGGAAGCGAGCGCUCAUCUCCUUCCUGUCUUGGCUCGAUUACUGUGACCAGCUCAUCAAAGAGGCUCAGAAGACGGCUGCUGCAGUGUUGGCUAAAGCAGUGAGAGAGAGGUUCUUUGUGGCGGUCAUGGAGCCCCAGCUGAUGCAGACGUCAGAGGUGGGCGUCCUGACCUCCACGGCUUUGCUGAACAGGAUCAUCCGCCAGGUGACCUCUGAGGCCCUGCUGCAGGACAUGGUCUACUUCCUCCUGGGGGAGGAGAAAGGACCAGAGACGCUAGCCAGCACUGCCCAGAACCCCCUCCGACACAGACUCAUAGAGCACUGUGACCAUCUGUCAGAUGAGAUCAGCAUCAUGACCCUGCGUCUGUUUGAGCACCUGAUCCAGAAGCCCAACCAGCACAUCCUCCACAGUCUGGUGCUACGUAGCCUGGAGGAGAGGAACUACCUGGAGAACAAGCCCCAGGAGGAGAGGGAGCCCCUGGAGAACGGCCAGCCCCACGACUUCAUAGACCUUGAAGAGGACCCUCUGUUUGGCGACGUCAUCUCUCCAGAGAACAGGUUGUCCAGCCCUGAUUGGUUGAGCAACUCCCCAACACAUAAUCCCUACCACGCUAAGCCUGAUGGAAAGACAGAGGUCCACAAGAUUGUAAACAGUUUCCUGUGUUUGGUCCCUGAUGAAGCCAAAUCCUCGUCUCAUGUGGAGGGAACGGGUUAUGACACCUACCUAAGAGAUGCACACAAACAGUUCAGGGACUACUGUGGGAUCUGUCAGAGAUGGGACUGGCGCGGCACCCCCAAGGCCAUGGAGAAGUGUGACCUGGACAGUCCCUUCUUCGAGGGCCACUUCCUCAAAGUCCUCUUCGACAGGAUGGGCCGUAUUUUGGAUCAGCCUUACGACGUGAACCUGCAGGUGACGUCAGUGCUGUCCAAGCUGUCCCUGUUACCCCACCCACACAUGCAUGAGUACCUGCUGGAUCCCUACAUCAACCUGGGCCCCGGCUGCAGGUCCCUCUUCUCCGUCAUCGUCAGGGUGGUUGGGGACCUCAUGUUGAGGAUUCAGCGCAUCCCAGACUUCACACCCAAACUCCUGCUGGUAAGAAAGAGACUGCUUGGCCUGGAACCAGAGGGUUUGAACAUCGACCACAUAACCCUGCUGGAGGGGGUGAUUGUACUGGAGGAGUUCUGCAAGGAGCUGGCUGCCAUUGCCUUUGUCAAAUUUCACGCGUCUGCCUCCACCUCCCCCUAACCCAACCUCCAAGGCAAGGCAGAUCAGGACUGGGGGGGGGGUUACUUACCACUGGUCAUCCCUAAAAUAGAUUGUGCCCCAAAGACAUACUGUAAGCAGGACAUGUUUCAUCAAAUGUCUUGAGACUCAAAUUUCUUGGGACUACAGAGAAAGUAUUUUGCUCCAUGUCCUAACCAGAACAGAACAGUAUGGCUGGCAAUUGGGGGCUAGAGGCUUUCAGGGUGAGGAAGAGGAUGUGUGGAUGGAUGCGGUAGGAGAGGGGACAUUCUCAGGAUGGUUUGAGCUGGGCAGGGCCUGCAGAGUCCCUGCGCGCUCUCGCUGUCUUUCUCACCAACCAAAACAAAUAUGAUUCACUAUGUGUGUCAUAGAGAGAAAUUUGUUUUCUGUGUGUGUGUUUUUAUUUCAGUUUUUUUCAGACUCUGCUGUUUGUAAGCGUCAAUGCCUUGGUGUUGGAUUAUUACGCCUUUUCAGUUACAUUUUCAAAAGAUUGUUUGUUUCCUAUUGAAAUAUUUUAUCUUUAGCCCACAUGUCUAAUAUAUUCCUCUUCUGUCAGAUUAUCAAUGUAAAAUCGCAAAAAAUAUGUGGACAAGAUAGCCCCUCUAAUUAGCACCCAAAUUUCUUAUCAAAAUCAGGUAAUUGACCCGAUUCGUGUAAAAAAAAAAAAAAAAAAAAAAAAGGACAUGCAAUACAAUGGAAAAUGUUAUUAUUUAACUUAAUUUUUUUUAUGGAGAAGUUUCACUGUAGUAUCUGAGAUAAUACGAUACUAGUCACGGCUGUGGCAGAAAUGGAAGGCCCCUGUAUUUAUUUUCACUGUUUCUUUCAGGUUGCCUUUUUAACAGUCACAUAUGCAUUUGUAAAGAAAGAAAACCAUUUUUAACCAAUUUUAAUAGAUUACCCAUUAUAUGGACUAAUGGUAGACAAGGAGGAACUCUCAAUGCAACUUACUUUGCAACAAAUCUGUCAAGUUUUGAAUUGUCCCUGACUAGUAAACUUCACUGUGGAGAUGUUAGUGUUAACUUUGCUUAGGCUACCUACCUAACCAUGUCAAUGGUUGUGUGUAUUUCUUAUUGUUUGCACCCUCAACCUCACUAGCAAUGGGAUAACAUUAUAGAGUAAUGUGACAUCUCAUUUUGUAGAAUGUGGAUCCUGAAAAACAAACUGGAUUUGGACAUAGAAGUCAAUGUACAUUUGCACUCGUUACAUACACUACCGUUCAAAAGUUUGGGGUCACUUAGAAAUGUCCUUGUUUUAAUUGUCCAUUAAAAUAAAA